UUUAAAAUCCAUGACUGAAUAGUGCCCAGGCCGGUUAAAAUGUUCCUCAUAAGCUUUAUGUUGUUACUGCAAUACUGGCUGCGAGGAAGGUGCCUCUGCUUGCUUGACAGCAGCUGAGUAGGAGGGUGGAGAUUGGCAGUUUUUCUGCAGGGAUUGGUGUGGUCAGGUUUCAAUUCAGAGCACGUGUGAAUAACCCAUCCUGCUAGAGCUGCCUUUUCAGUCUGUCACUGAUGCAGGGCGAGCAGGGAGAAUGGGGCAGGUCGGCUGGAAGGGACUGUGCCUGUCCCUCUUCGAUUAUAAAACUGAAAAAUAUGUCAUUGCGAAGAACAAGAAGGUGGGAAUACUCUAUCGAGUGGUGCAGCUCUCCAUCCUGGCUUACCUGGUGGGGUGGGUAUUUAUUGUCAAGAAAGGCUACCAGGACUCGGACACCUCCAUCCAGAGCUCCGUCAUCACCAAGCUGAAGGGCGUGGCUUUCACCAACACCUCCGAGCUGGGGGAGAGGUUGUGGGACGUCGCCGAUUAUGUCAUCCCCCCACAGGGUGAAAAUGUUUUCUUCGUUAUUACAAAUCUGAUUGUGACCCCAAACCAGAGGCAGGACGCGUGCCCUGAGAGUACUGGCAUUCCAGACGCACAGUGCAUCAAGAACAGGGACUGCCCUGCGGGGGAAGCUGUGAUAGCUGGCAAUGGGGUCAAGACCGGCCGCUGUUUGAAAGCCAGGAGCAACAUCAAUGGGACAUGUGAAAUAUUAGCCUGGUGUCCAGUGGAGAAAAAAUUCAAGCCCAAGAAACCGCUUUUAGCGAGUGCAGAAAACUUCACAGUUUACAUCAAAAACUCGAUCCGCUUCCCUAAGUUUAAAUUCUCCAAGACUAAUGUGCUAAACACUGAUGAUGACUCCUACCUGAAAACCUGCCGCUACGGUGCGCAGCACCUGUACUGCCCCAUUUUCCACCUGGGCAAACUCGUGAGCUGGGCUGGGAGCGAUUUUCAGAAAAUGGCCACUGAGGGUGGUGUGAUAGGAAUUCAGAUUGAAUGGGACUGUGAUCUUGAUAAACCUCCUUCUGAAUGCAACCCUCACUAUUCUUUUAGCCGUCUGGAUAACAAGUUUGCAGAAAAAUCCAUCUCCUCUGGAUACAACUUCAGAUUUGCCAAAUAUUACAAGGAUGCUGCAGGAGUCGAGUACAGAACACUGAUAAAAGCCUAUGGGAUACGCUUUGAUGUCAUGGUGAAUGGCAAGGCAGGUAAAUUUAACAUCAUUCCAACAAUAAUCAACGUGGGCUCGGGACUCGCGCUUAUGGGUGCAGGGGCUUUUUUCUGUGAUGUGGUGCUACUGUAUUUGAUGAAAAAGAGCAACUUCUAUCGAGGGAAAAAAUAUGAGGAAGCGAUGUCCAGUUCAAGGAGAGCUUUACCAGGUGGAACAGUGAAUGGGAACCAGAACUCAGAAUCGCUGGCUACAUUUGAGCAGAUGAGACAACCACAGACAGUUGAGACCUAAGAGUCUGUCAAUUGGAAAACACUUUCCAACAAGACUAUGGUGGUAAAACACAGCAACCAAACUUUGAGGUGGAGACACCUAUGGGCAGGUCUGUUGCACCAUCUGGAUGCCCAGAGAAGAGGUCACUUCUGGCUCUUCUGUUGAAGAGAUAAAUAUCACAUCUUCUUUCUUAAGACAUUCUUCCCUAUCUUGAGCUGGUGACAUCUGUGCUAUUGCUACGGAACAUUUGUUUCACAAAGAAAAAUGUAGAGGAAACCAGGCAAUGUUGUUAUAUACACACAUACACACACACACACACACAGAUAACCAGCAUUAUUCUGUGGCAUUGCAUUGCUUCUGUUAGUGAAAAGUCAGUGACAUCACAUGGACAUGGCAUUUGACAGGAGAGUCGAGGUUGGGAAAACAGAUUCAUUUUCUGCUCAGCAGCACCAGUUCCCAAGUCCUGCUUGAUCUAC